CUAGUCACACUUUCAUUUACAAUUCUAAUCUCUCGCUACUCAUAUCAUUAUUAUCCACACCACGGCCAUGGCAGCACCCUCCCAACAGGAAAUCACCCUCAGAAUUACCGAUGAUCGCUUGAACCACUGGGACUGCAAGAAGUUCGUCAAUCGGCCUUUGGCCAGGAAUGCUUCCGCCAGCGCUUUCUGUGAUAAUGAUUCUAAACACGCGUGCUGGACCUACAUCCUCUGUCGCACCGAUAAUCAGUUGCGGGUUCUCGACGUAAAGCUAAUGAAUAACCAGAUCCGCAGCGAGUUCAAAUGGGCUCACAUCGUUCCGCACAAGCCUCAACAAAAAGGGAAGGAAUAUAAAUGUGCAUAUGUCCGCCAAGUUAAUGAUAGCAUGUUGCUAUGCCUUGAUGCGGCUGUCAUUAUCAAUGAGAGUGCCUUCCUCGACAAAAGCAAUCCUACGCGGUACGCAUUCGACCUUGUAUUCUCGACUUCGCAAGUACUAAGCCCAGAGUGCCGCAACGUCAUCAAAGAGCCUCCCAAGGCCAUUAAAGAGUCCCCCAAGGCCAGCGAAGAAUCUCCUAGGGUCAAUGAAAGCGAGAAGUCGCUCAAAGAGUUAUCUCCUGAAAAAUAUCAGGACUUGCUGGCACUUCUCUGCGAUUUCAGAACAGUGGAUGUGGCAUUCGUCUUUACGAUCUACGAGUGUAAUGCCAGAGUUGCGCUCUGGGCCCAUCGUGUUAUGUUGGACCGCCACCCACGCUUCCGUGAGCUAUUUAAGAGUCACCAGGACUCCGUAUCAGCGGACGGACCGUUGAUGGUACUUGUAGAAGGGAUCGCCUUGACAACAUUUUGUGCUCUGCUGAAGUAUCUCUAUACCGACGACUUGGGUCUCACGAUUGACCCGGAGCAGUUCCUGGUGUGCAGCAUGGGUGAUCUGGAGGAAGUGCACUCGAGUGGAGAUAAACACGUUGCAUCUGCCGUGUUGACCAAGACAUUGAGAGAACUCAAUGCAUCCCAGUUCCACGCGUCGUGGGAGGUGAAGGACAAGGUGACGUGGGCAGAUCUCUUUCUUGCCGCUGACCGAUUUGAGAUUCCGAAACUGCGACAGCAAUGCCUCAAGAACCUGCUUGGGUCGGUGGAGAAGAGCAAUGCAAUGGAGAUCCUAUUUGGCGUUGGACAGCAUUUCAAGGCGGAGAUUCGCGAUCCAGUGAUGAAGUAUAUCUCUGAACACCUGGACGAUGUUUUUUCGAUUCAGACUGAGGAUCCAUUCAAGCGCUUUUCAGGCUAUGCGGGCUACCACGAGAUGAUGCUGGAACUCUUACGAGUGUCGCGCUCGAAAUAAUGAAUAAUACCAAUGGUGUUAGAUACCUCGGACCUUUACCCUGUCUAAAAGCGCACGUCAAAUGCACUGCGGGAAUUAAAUGCUUAAAUAUAAUAUAGCAAGCGAGAAUUUUUAUUAUCAUUACUAUUCUUUUGACAGAAAAGGUGUUUUCAUCGAAAGAGAAUUAAAGACGCUCAUACACAAACG